AUGAAGUUGGACUGGGAUGCUAUCAAAUACGUAUAUGCUUUCGGGGACUCUUAUACCUUCGUUCAGGGAACGGCAGGUCAUGCUAAUUACAGCUUCAUUGGGGAUGCACUCAAUUAUUCCUUUUCUUCUGAAGAGCUUCUGUCGAACGAGAUAGUCCCCAAGAAUACCAGUUCCGAAGGCUCAAAUUGGCUCGAAUUUCUUACCGGAUGCUUCAGUGGAUCGCCUGCGACUUGCGAUAAACAGCUUUGGGAUUUCGCUUUCGCAGGAUCAGAUAUUGAUGGGAAUUUGCUCCCUCUUCAUCAUGAUUUCACGGUUCCACUUGUUGACCAAGUAAAUCAAUGGGUGUUAUAUGCUUCUGAGGCUAUUCCACAUCCUCUCCGGGAGACAUUGACAGCCUGGUGGAUAGGAAUCAACGAUACCGGAGAUACAGUUGACAAUCAUACAAUUACAGAUAUAAACGCGUUCUGGGAAGCAGAAAUGAGCUCCUAUUUCGGCGCUGUGCAAUCAGCGUAUGACAAUGGUUUGAAACAACACCUUUUCAUUAAUGUACCUCCCGAAGAACGAUCUCCUGCCGCCAAUACAAAUACCACCAAGGCGGGAAUUCUCAAAAGUCACGUCGACGGCUACAAUGCCGCCCUAAAAAAUCAUGUGCAGCUCUUCACACGCCAAAAUCAAGAUGCGAUUGCUCUUAUAUUUGAUGCAAAUACGUGGUUUAACUCGGUGUUGGACUAUCCUGCUACGUAUGGAUUUGAUGACGUGACUGACUACUGCACCUGUGCCGAUCCUGCUGGGUAUUUUUGGUACAAUACCGGUCAUCCCACAGAAAGGGUGCACCGAUUACUUGCGGAAGCCAUCAACAAAGGCCUUCGCAGUGCACGGUAA